GAUGUGCUGCUGUGACAGAGAACUCACUUUCUUCAGAACACAAUCCCACUUAUAACAGACGGGGUUGAAAUUACAUAAGACGUGUUCACGAUUUGAUGUGCUGCUGUGACAGAGAACUCACUUUCUGCAGAACACAAUCCCACUUAUAACAGACGGGGUUGAAAUUACAUAAGACGUGUUCACGUUUUGCCGUGCUGCUAUGACCCAGAGCUCACUUUCUUGAGAACACAAAAUCAGACAAGGUUGAUAUCACCGAGGAUGUGUUCGCGAUUUGCAGUUAUGUUGUUACUACUGAUACACAACCGGUGCCUCCUCGGUCAAAUGUGUUCAAGUAUUGAUAAAUUUGUUAAUGUUCAUGGUAUUUUGGAAAACACGAGAAUUAAUGCGGAACCGUUUUUGAUCAGCAGAAGUGUAGGAUUGAUAAAAUGCUUAAGAUCCUGUGCUACUUAUUCGCUGUGCAAGGCGUUUAAUUUUGAGGAUUCCUCUGGCACUUGUGAGUUACAUAGGGAGAUGGUGAUGGAAGAAAAUAUUGAAAGCUUUAAUGGAUAUCUUACUAGUAAUUUAUCCAGUUGGCUGAACAAGGACAUAAACUAUUGUCAGAAUCAUAUGUGUGGUUAUAAUGCUAUUUGUGAACCAAGACUCACUAAUUAUAUAUGUACAGUCAUUGGAUGUUUUGACUCCUUCGAGCCCUUUGCGAACAAGACGACGUUUACCAAGAUGAUUUAUGGUUUUGGUGAUAUUGUGGCUACGCCUUGCCAAGGUGAUUAUUAUACGAAUGUUACGGUGCAGUGUAGUUCGGCUGGAACUUGGACAUCAUUUAAAUGUUACCCAUAUCAGCAGAUAAGAAACUGUAAUUUUCUUCAUAAAAAUUGCAACCCGGCACUCCUUGACGGCGAGUACUGGUUGUAUCCACCUAGUCAAAAUGGAGUCCGCACCAAGGUCUACUGCCACAACAUGCAGACAACUGACCCUGAGGCAUUCAUCACCCUGCACGAACAUAACUUUGCCAGUAAAAGCAUCUAUGUUUAUGACCCAGAAUGCUUCAAAAUCAUGGCCGACGAUGUUACCAUUAAUGCCAACGCCUUGGGUCUAACUACAUUCCAGAAAAUUAGCUUUGCUCCGGCUACAGGAGAUGUCCGUAACGAUUAUACAUUUGCAAUAACUAACGACUCCGUACAAACUUUUGGAACAGCAGGAGAUUGCGUGGAUGAGUCUUAUAGUUGUUCUGCUCUAGGAAACUUCCUUAUUAAUCUAUCGGGUACUGGACUGCUAGUUGACCCGGAUGUUUCCUGGGUGGAAGAUAGUACCAGCAGUGAAAUGAACAUCACAAAUGAUGACAAUCGGGUAAUAUCCGGUGUCUGCGGAAAGGGGUGUUCCGGCUGUUCCCCGAGCCCCUCCAUCAAGCUAGUUCCCGAUCCCGAUUAUAAACCACCCAUGGAGAGUGCCACAAGACCCAUCUGUACACUAUAACUUUUCCAAACGGGGUGGUAAUAUCUAGUGACGUAAAGCUAGUGUGUGCACUUUAUAAUAAGUAUCGUAACUUAAAAGUCAUGCAAGAGUUAAAUCGGACAAUUGCAGGUCUUUCUUACCUAAAAUGUUAUCUAAAUUAUUAAUCAGACAUUAAUUAACUUAUCCAGACCAUAAUCAAAUUUCGAUGUCAUCGCUAGCCUGCGAUAUUUACUAGAUUAUAAUCCGAACUGCUGCUCAACGUUCAUUGAUAAUCAAAUCAAAAAGUGGAUAAUCGAUACUAUGUUUUUUAUCGUACCGACUUUAGUAAUGAUGUUCGAGGCUAAAUCCCUAAAUUCUCGGUUCAAAAGGGAUCGAUUUGACUGAAAUUUUCAGCAAAUUCCUAUUAAAUUAUCUAGUUUUCAACUAUUAUAGUUUGAACUGCCAGCGCUUUGUCUAAUCUCCCAUAAUGUAUCCUUAAUAGCAUGCUCUUGUUAUCCGAGUUGCAGAUAACCAAAUAAA